GGGCCGACCAGGUGCUGCCUGGCUUUGCAGUGCCGCGGAGGGAGGCAGCGUUCGGGACUCGGUCUGACGCUGGGGGAGGAGGCCGCACAGAAUGAACCUCAGCGCCGCACUGAGAGCCACGGGCCCCCUGGGGCUCAUCAGUGGGAAGUCUUCCUCCCGGAGGGGCAGUGGUACCCCACCAGCUUACACUCACAACACUGCCCCCAAGUCAGCGGGAGAAGCUGGAAUCAUGUCAGAAUCACCUGCUCAAGAAAUUAGUCUCCAGCCCCCGGAAAGCGGUCAGUGUCCAGCGGGAAGAGUCGGCGUUGCUUUCCUGAGGCGGAAUGGAGGCCACUGGGGUUUUCCCAGUGGGGACCACGAGACAAAAAAAAAGAGGAAACCCACCACUGAGGGCAGCGCCGCGGCCCCCAGGCUCCGCAGCGCGCCCCAGGAGAAAGAGCCCGAUGGGGCAGAUGAUGUUUUCAAGCUUGACACUGAAAUAACUCGAUUCGGAGUCACAUCACCAUCACGGCAGACGCGCCCGGGGAGCGCCGUGCUCACUCCUCAGGAUCAGGACCCAGUGCGCGUGCCACCACCUGCUCUCGCUGGACAGAGGCCACCCCACCCCGUGGCCUCACUGUCACAAAGGCCCAGCCCCGUGGGUUCCCCAACACCUGCUUGCUGUGAGAGUCCCUGGUCAGACGGACUCACCAAGCCCCGCCCAGGAUCCGCCCAGCCAGGCCCCCAGCGGCCUCACCUCCCCUACGCGGCUCCAUCCGGGCCCUCCGGCACAUUCGGGGGUGAGCUGUAGGAAGGGGUGAGGGCGGGCAGGUGCUGGUCCCAGGUUCUGGGGCCUCAGGUGCCUGAGCGCCUACCACCCACUCAGAGGUGCAAAUGGCCGGCCUCAGGAAGUGCUGGACGGGAGGUCCAGCACUUGUCCACACAGCCGAGCACAAAGGACACGCAAGACAUGGGAGCCCCGGGCCCACCGCCCACCUGGGCCCGUGACCCCUCCGACGGAUGCACCUGGACCAGCAGAGGCCCCACUGCAUCAGGACCCACCCGAGCCGGGGCGAUGGCUGGGUGGGGGCUGCCACGGCUCAGACGUGUGGCACUGGACCCUGGGGGGCCGAGGCCCCCACCCCACCUCUCUCUGCCCCCGCCCUCCGCAAAGUGAGCGCAGAUCCAGCCCGAAGCGCCCUCCAAGCACCCCCUUUGGUAGCUGAGAGUCCCGAGUGGGGUUUCAGGAUCUGCAGCAAGAAAAAAAUCAGAUUUCAGGGCUGAAGACAUUUUAAAAUCGGGCUUUAAAUAAACAUGGAGUGAUGAGAGAGAGAGGGGCCUCCAGCAGCUGAAAUUAGAAGCAGCCGCCCUGGGCCGCGACCAUCUGCGCGAGCGAGCUUGGCGGCUCGCGAGUCUGGAGUGGCGGCAGCGGGAGAGCUGGUGGCGGCAGGCAGGGGCCACGCGUCCUGCUCGGAAGGACCGCGGCAGCACCUGGGCUGGGCUGCCGGCGUGGCCUCCAAUUUCAGAUUCCAGAGAACAGACCUCCUCUCCGCUCCAACACCCUCUCCGCCUGCUUCCAAGGCAAUUCAAGUCGCUUGAGAGCCGGAGUGAUAAGAACACAAAGACCACGUUUCAGGGGUAGAUGAAGGGUGAUUGUUUCUCUGAGGCUCAGUGUUCUCUCCUCCUCGUCCCUGGGGGAGGCUGGGUGACCACCCAUACCCUGGGGGACGGCUGGGGCGGCCAGACUGGGCUCACGGAGCUUGGCACCCUCCCCCGGCCCUCCAGUUCCCCUCACUGAAGACCCCUCCACGAACUGGGUUUGUGGCCCCCCAGCAGGAGUGCUGGAGUUGGGGGUUCCCUGCUGCCUGCAGCUCCCCCCCCCUCCCCCCCGCAGUGCACCCAGCCCAGCUCUGGACUAACAGCCCAGCACCCAGGCCCUCCCUGCCUCGGCUGGGCCAGGAGGCAGCGGGGGGGGGGGGGGUGGCCCCCCAAAGGCUCACCCGCACUGUCAGCGACUGUCUCCUCACGCGAGUGGGUGCCUGACGCCGCCAGGAGAAGCACCCGGCGAACCUCCGAGGCUGCUUCGCGCCCCUGCUCUCCCCCCACGCUGCCUCCCGCCGGUGCCCAAGUCACGGGACGUGGGUUACGUAAGGAGGCCCUUGCUAGGCGAGGGCCUAGGGAGCCCCCCAGGCCCCCCCAGCCUGGCCAGUAGGGAAGUUCUGGAACUUUCUAGGCCACUCACUAAGAGGGCUGAGGCUGGUCCACAGCCAGAGGGCCCGCUGCUCCGCCUUCCUGCACGGGAGCCCGGGAGCCCGGGAGCCCCUCCCCCCAGGCUCGGUUCGGCUCAGGCGCCCAGUCAGGCACCCAGUCAGGCACCCUGUGGGGGGCGGGUGCAGCCAGCACAGGCCCCUGGGGGCACCGGGUGGCUGGUCACGGAGAAGAGAGCCCUCGAACUCUG